AUUUGAGUAUGGAGAGAAAAAAAAAAUGUAACUACAUAACUCUGCUAGAAAAUUAAAAUUGAUUUUGUUUUUUUACGUUUUGAAACUAAUUGCAACUGAAGAAAUCGAGAAAUAAGUUUAUCAAUUCAAAAAAUCAUGUGAUAGAAAAAUACUUACUGUUUUGAAAAAAAACUGGUCAAUAUUCAGAAGUUUUUGUUGCAUAAUGCUUUCUUUGCUGCGUCGGAAAAAAGUAGUUGUGACUUGUAUUGGUUUUUGUGUAGUAACAGCUUUAUUUUACCAACAGAUCUUCGAUAGAAAAUGGGAAGUUAACUCUUUAAAAUCAGUUGUUAGCAAACUGCAUCAGUAUCACACAGACUUUAAAAGUAGUAUAAAUUUUACAAACCUUCCCUUCAUUUUACAAAACGAGAAAAGUAAACGGCAUGCGCCACACUACGUUAAAAAAACAUCUGGCAUGACCUCAACAGAGUUACACACAAAAGCAAAGACUUGUUUGGAGCAAAGUGGAAAACAAAUCGCUAAAUAUUUACAAAGAAGUUAUGAAACAACAUUUUCUGUUGACCAUGUAUCAAGUACUAGAGUUAGUCCAAUUUUAGAGCCAGAAUGCAAGCCGAAUCUAGAUUUAAUUAUAAUAAUAACAACUAAACCCGGUAAUUUUUUUAAUAGAGCAGCAAUUAGAGCUGGUUACGGCAGAUCCGAUUCAGACAUUAAUAAGAUGAUUUUUUCAAACAACCCAUUUAGAUACCUUACUAUUUUUACGGUUGGUCGUGAUACAAACGCAAAUAUUGAAAAACUUGUAGAAAGUGAAAGUCGUAAUUUUAAAGAUAUUCUCCGACUCGACUAUAAAGAUACUUAUGAAAAUUUGGCUAACAAAACAUUAUUGACAAUUGAAUGGCUGGCCGAUCAUUGUCCUUCCAAAUUUGUAUUGAAGUCUGAUGAUGAUUGCUUUGUAAAUGUUUUUUCUCUUGGGGCAUGGGUACCAAAACAAGACUCAAGUACUAAGUAUAUUGGAAGAAAAAAUGAAUGGAUGCCAGUCAUAAGAGACCCGUGGCAUCGAAACUAUGUUCCAUUUGAAGAUUUCAGCGAGGAAUAUUAUAAACCUUACUGUGCCGGCGGUGGUUACAUGCUGUCGGGAAGUAUACUUAAAAACAUAACUAUAAAAGCGAAAUCUAUAAAGCAAAUCAUUAACGAGGAUGCUUAUAUGGGCAUGGUAACUAAUGCUUUAAAUAUAUUUCCUAAAAAUGAUGAAAGAUUUUUACCGUUUAUAUUUUCCAAACAAAGUGUCCUCAAAAGACCAAUAUGUCAAUGGAGAAAUAAAUUUGUUAUGCAUGGAGUAUAUGCUGAAAAGCAAAUAACAAUGCAUUGGAACGCUAUUGCAAUGAACGAAUAUAAAUCAAUAUGUGAAUGGGAUCCGCCAUAAUGGCUUUAUUUUAAAAUAAUAUAAAUUUCUAUUAUAUAAAUUUAGGUGUACAAAAUAAAUUUAAAAUACA